AGAGACGACCCCCCAAGAACGAGCGAGCGAGCGAGCAUCCCCCACUACUCCCAAACCCAAAAGAAAAAAACUCUCUUGUAGCAGCGCCCUGUAAUCCUACUCCCCUCAUUCCCUUCUUUUAAACCCUAAACUUUCUCCUCUCUUACCCUCCUUCCAUUCUCCUCUCCUUCGCCUCUCUCCUUCUCCCAAUCCCCGAAUCACUUCGCCUGACCUUUCUCCAUCCCUUCCUCCAGGGGUUUCCAGUUUGCGAUCGAGCGGUCACUAGCGGAGGUUCUUGAGAUUGAUGUCUUCUCUCUUUCAGCUGCCCUAGGGUUUAUCCAAAGAGGGAGCCUCUUUUCUUGGUUUGGUUGGCAUUCGAGACCCUCGAUUCUAGGGUUUAGAUUGGAGUUGUCAACCCUGGCGGAUUCCAGGGUCGGGUGAUGGCGGAUCCGCGCCGCUUCCGCCCCCGGUCCGGUGAUAAUCUUGGAUUCGUGGAGUCGGCGACGGAGAAGGAGGUUCUUGGGUUAGGGUUAGGGUUUGGGCUUGGGAGCGAAGGAUUUGAGGCAAGGGAAGCAUGCUGAGCGUGCUGCGAGUCCAUCUGCCGUCGGAGAUCCCCGUCAUCGGCUGUGAGAUAACGCCGUAUGUGCUCUUGAGGCGCCCGGAUAACUCCAUCUCCAAUGAGGAUGUCCCCGAGUCCGCCCCCAUCAACGGCUACUGCAUGAGGUAUAAAUGGUAUCGUGUACAUGGUGAUCAAAAAUUUGCCAUAUGCAGUGUACAUCCAACUGAGCAAGCGACAUUGCAAUGCCUGAUUUGUUUAAAGGCAAAAGUACCUGUUGCCAGGAGUUACCAUUGCACACCUAUGUGCUUUUCAGAUGCCUGGCAGCACCAUCGUGCUUUACAUGAGCGAGCAAGUAAUGCUUCAAAUGAAAAUGGAACAGAGGAGGAGGAAAUGUUUGGACGCUUUAGUAGUACUGGAUCUGGGUUUAAAAAUGUAGGGAUUUCUGCGUCAACAUCUAAUGCCGGCCAGAGCCCUAGCCUGAGCAAUGCUUCCACACCAAUAUAUCCCACAACUGUGGCAGAAAGGAGUGGUGAUAACUUGUUUGAAGUCGGACGAUCAAGGACAUAUACACCCACGGCGGAUGAUAUUGGUCAUUUUCUGAAGUUUGAAUGUGUAGCAAUAGAUGCUGAUACAAAAAUACCUAUAGGAAAUACAAGUACCAUUAUGAUGUCACAUGUGAUACCACCUCCAACUCCAACUCCACGACGCAUGAUUCAAGUGAAUGGAGUUGAUGUCUUGGGCCAUAUGGACCCUGAUAGCCGAAGUGUGUCUUCUGGAACCUUCUCAAUUCUUUCAUACAACAUUCUCUCUGAUGCAUAUGCGACCAAUGAAUCAUAUAGCUAUUGCCCCUCUUGGGCUCUUUCAUGGCCAUACCGCAGACAGAAUUUGUUACGGGAAAUUAUUGGUUACCAUGCUGACAUUCUUUGUCUUCAAGAGGUUCAAAGUGACCAUUUUGAGGAGUUUUUUGCACCUGAACUAGAUAAGCAUGGAUAUCAAGCACUUUACAAGAAAAAAACAUCAGAGGUUAAGUUUCACAUGCUCAGUUGCUUCUGGAACUUUAACUUCCAUUGCUUUCAGCUUGUAAAUAUGGUUAACUACCGGUGGUUGGUUCAGGUUUAUAGUGGAAAUCCAAAUGCAGUUGAUGGUUGCGCAACAUUUUUUCGCAGGGACAAGUUUUCACAUGUCAAAAAAUAUGAGGUUGAAUUCAAUAAAGCUGCACAAUCUUUGACAGAUGCUGUUAUUCAACCUAAUCAGAAGAAAGUGGCUUUGAGUCGGUUGAUUAAGGAUAAUAUAGCUCUUAUUGUGGUACUUGAAGCAAAAUUCAGUAAUCAAGGUGCUGAUAAUCCUGGAAAAAGGCAGCUGCUUUGUGUGGCCAAUACACAUGUAAAUGUCCAUCAGGAUCACAAAGAUGUUAAACUCUGGCAGGUGCAUACUCUUUUAAAAGGAUUGGAGAAAAUUGCUGUUAGUGCAGACAUUCCAAUGUUGGUGUGUGGCGAUUUUAAUUCAGUUCCAGGAAGUGCUCCUCAUGCACUUCUUGCAAUGGGCAAAGUAGAUCAGCUGCAUCCAGACUUGGCUGUGGACCCCCUCAAUAUCUUGCGUCCUGCUAGCAAGUUAACUCACCAGCUUCCAUUGGUUAGUGCAUAUUCUUCGUUUGCUAGAAUGAUGGGGAUUGGUCAUAGCUUAGAGCAACAAAGGAGGAGAAUGGAUCCCACAACAAAUGAACCUUUAUUCACAAAUUGUACUAGGGACUUUAUAGGCACUGUUGACUACAUAUUUUAUACAGCCGACUCUUUGACAGUAGAAUCACUAUUGGAACUCCUGGAUGAGGAAAGCUUGCGGAAAGACACAGCUAUUCCUUCUGCUGAGUGGUCAUCUGAUCAUCUAGCGCUUUUAGCAGAAUUCCGGUGCAAGCCUAGAGUCCGACGUUGAAAUUAGAGGCUUAAGACAAAACUACUACUGUGGCAAAACCAUAGACUCUAAAUCACAUAGCUGGGAAAUUUCUUUCUCUAAUGAAAUGGGGUAUAUGUUCUGACCAUAUGCUUUCACUGCAUGAUGUAACAAUGUGCAAGCCAUACUGUUGGUGCCAUUCAUGCUGUUGGUUGUUUGUCUUCCGUAUCUAAGGACAGUUGAUCUUUUAGCCGUUAUCAUGACAACAAUGUGAUUUGGCAUGCAAAUAUCCUCCUAUGUUUGGUGGACAGCUGUGGGCAUGCAGAUAGGAUUGGUAAAAUAAAUCAAUUUGUUCAUUAUUUUUUCUUU